AGACGUGGCCCGCGUUGUUCACUGCGCCUUCAAUCGCUUAAUAGUGCACUUCCAUUUUGAUGAGUACUGCAGAGCGCGAGUGUUCGGAAGUGGCCGCUACCGUGUAGGUAAUGAGACGUGGCCAACGUGGCCGCCGUAGUGCGAGUGUCGAGUCGUGGGCACUUUAGUUUGUCUAUUGAGACGUGGCCCGCGUUGUCCGACAGCUGUGGGGUUGAAAGAUCAACUACCCGGAAAAUCAGCACAGCCAACCAAGGUGCCACUAUGCGGCAAACCGAACGAGUCCCAUAAGGCACAAAAAGGAAAAUGCUGUCAUUCGUCUUCAAGUCCGUCGUCAUUGUUAUCUUGACAAGCCGCCGCGGCGGCUGUUCGGCGGCGGACGUGCCGGACUUUGCGGCCCACUUUGGCUCCAAGACACGCUACGAGGACGCCGCCCUGUAUCGGAGGCGGGUGGCCGACACCUGGGCCGACAUUCGCACGGACCCGGGACCAUUCCUGAGGACCCCGAGCGGAGAGCGCUGCUCCCCGGCGCACCUGACAGCCGUCGUCCGCCACGGCAGCCGCUACCCGACCGCUAAGAGCAUCCGCGCCAUCCGCCAGCUCAGCGAACUGCUGCGACGAUCUGAAGGCGAAGCCCAAGAAGGUGAACACGGCGAAGGCAGCGCCGCCCGGAGGCGGGACGUCUUGCGCCGCUGGGACAUGUGGUACACCGACGACAUGGAUGGUCAGCUGGUGGCCAAAGGCCGGGAGGACCUGCGGCAGCUGGCGAUGCGUCUGUCCACGUUGUUUCCGUCUUUGUUGGGGCAGGAGUCGUUGCGUGGGGGGCGCGUCAGCGUGUUGACCAGCUCCAAGCACCGAUGCGUGAGCAGCGCCGAGGCAUUCCAGGAAGGACUUCACCUCAGAGCCAACAUGACACCGGUAAACUAUCGCCACCGAGUGGAUGACGGGCUGCUGCGCGCCUAUGACGGUUGCCGUGGUUACGUGGAGGGCGUGGAGAUGAACCGCACGGCGCUGGCCGAGGUCCACAAGUUCACGCGCGGCCCGGAGAUGGAGGCGCUGAGGAAGAAAGUGGCCGACAAACUGGGACUUCCUCUCCGCGACUUCACACCAGAACUUCUGGAGGCGGCGUUCUACCUUUGCUCGUACGAGCUGGCCAUCAAGUCGCUGCACUCGCCCUGGUGCUUCCUGUUUGAGCCCUGUGACGCCGAGGUUCUGGAGUACAAGUGUGACCUGAAGUUGUUCUGGAAGCGGGCGCACGGCCACACCAUCAACCUGCUGGCCAGCUGCCCGCUUUUCCACCACAUCUUCAGGACCCUCGACAAGGCCGGACGGCCGCGCAGGUCAGAAGAAGGCCGCUCGGCGGGCCAAAGGAACGUGCUUUUAAUGCGAAAGGAUUGGUCCGCAGGGCCACCGACACCCCCCCCGGAUCCCGCCUCCUUCCUGAUCGGGCACGCCGAGACGCUCCUCCCUCUCCUCGGACUGCUGGGCCUCUACAAGGACAAGACUCCGCCCACUGCAGCCAACUACCGCUCGCAGCAUGGCCGACGGUUCCGUUCCAGCCUGAUGGUGCCGUACGCAGCCAACGUGGUCUUGGCUCUGCUGGAUUGCGCGCGAGGCCCCCGCCUGCAGCUGCUGGUGAACGAGACCCCUGUCCGAUUCCCGGCCCUGCCAGACGAGGAUGCGCCGCUGUAUCGCGACGUGCGGGCGGCGUACCGCCACUUGCUGGACGGAUGUGACUAUCAAAAGGCCUGCAGCGGCGGAGCUGCCGGCGGGCGCGAACCCAACACCGAGCUCUGAAAGGUCCGCCGCGACCACGUGGAGAAAGGCGCUUGAGCGGUGGCGCUGACAGACCGGCUGACAGGUUUUGUGCCCAUGUUUCUUUUGUGAUUGAUUGAUAGAACUUUAUUUAUCCCACAGUGGGGACAUUUUCUUGUCACAGCAGUAGUCCCUGUAUGUCACUCCUGUCACGGUUUUAAUGCUCCCCAUGCGUCCCAAACAAAGGGGAAAAAAAGCCAAAUAACUGAGCUGCAAUGACAGUGAAUUUCCACGUGGGAGAGGCAUUUGUGAGUACUAUGUAUGAUGACGUUACUUUUGAGUAUGCACUGUCUAAAUACUCGCCCUUCCGCCCCUCCGGCUAAGCCCGCAUACAUGGCCCCUCGGCUAAAGUCGAUUAGCCAUAGCUCAUGACGGAUUUGACCAAACUAGCGGGAUAUUAUCGACAUUCGGUAAAAUUCCUUUUGCUGUGCCCAACAACAGCCUAUUCAAGCUUAAAUAUACUGUGACAUUCUUUAUUUUACGAUUUAAUUGAACGUACAAAUUGCACCUCCGUAUUUUGUCCAAGUGGAGUUGCUGUACAAUAGCGACCUUAAGCGCAUGCGCCGUACAUCGCGCAGAGGCCGCAAAUACUGCAAAACAGGAGACACAUCUGCCAUCGACUAGAAGCCAGAACUCGAGUUUUUACUUACUACUACUUUAUUGUACAACUAAUCACAAGUAAUUUUUAAAUACAACUAAUUUUAAGUGGUAAAAUUACCAAAACAAA